CAUUAAGUCAUCAUUCACGGCCAUUCUAUGUUUCGGCCAGUCGAUCGACCCCUAAGUUUCAGGCAGCGCGCCAGCAACUGGAUCUAUAAGAUGUUAUUUCUCUGGUCAAGGGAGCCAGCUCCUGGCCCAAGAGCCGGCCCCUGGUUCGCGUGGUUCGCCACAGCCCUGGUUCUCUGGCGUUGUCGACGAAGCGUUGCCAAAGCGAUCCUAGCCGUAUCACCGUUAAGAUUAUUGAAGAAACGAAAUCUUCUACCGUUAACCAUCUCGAAGGCCUCAUCCACGGCGACGCUCACGGACCAACAUCAAAGACACAGAACGGAAAAUUCUAUAUUGCAACGGAAGCAACGGAUAAGAACGAAAGUGAAACGAUUGUGCACCGGUGACGGGCCACAUGUGACCAGCUCGACGUUUUCGAUCCAAAGCCAGCAAAUUCAUUAUAGAAUGACCAGAAGCGGCAAAAUAUACGGGAAAUAUCCGAACAAGGUCACUACACCGGUAACCACCGGCCAGGGAAACCAUUGAAGCGCGACCACUCCAUUUUCUCCGAUUGUUUAACGCCGACAGCUCUCGUUUUUUGCGCGACCGUGGCCGUUCUCGUAUUAAUCGCCGCCGUUUCUCGUGGUCCGAAUUUCAACUCGAUAAACCACGUGUGCAUGUACGAAACGUAUCCUGGGUUUGUUGCUAUAAAGUCAUUUCGUCAAACUCACGUGUAUUUUUGUUCGAAUGUUUGGCGAGUUGCCGUGUAUCGGGGGUCGCUGUAAUGGGUUUGAUGCGGUUGAUCAAAUUGCUUUUAAAAAGAACGUACAUCUUUUGUGAAAUACUGUGAAACAAAUUGAAUCAAAGUGAAAGUUUGGAAAUAUUUUAGCGAGGAACAAUUGUAGAAAGUUUACUUUGAUUCGGUGUGAAGUGAACCAUGGAAUUUUUGUAGAGGUUAGUUUUCUAUUUAACUGGCACGAUGGUUUCUUCUACGGGUGAUUAAAUCAAUGGGUCGAAAAGUUUUGCAUUGAGUUUGAUAGAAAGACAAAAGUGCAUUUUAACGAAAGAAUAAAUGCGAAGUAGGUCAGAAGCAAGUUAAGGAAAUUUGUGGGAAGCAACAUAGCUGUAUUGAUCCUCCAUCAAGAUCGUCCAAGUUACGAGGUCGUUAGAGAAGGUACGUUCGCAUAAAGAUCUCGGACAAAGUUUAUCGUUGCUGGUGGAGGAUUGACAGCCUCCGGCAGGGCAGGUCUUGAGGCGAAGGAUUUCGAGGAAGUGGAGGAGUGGACCAGGUGCGAGCUACCAGGAGAGCCUGGCACCUGGCUGUUUAGUGGCUGUUGAUAAAAGGGGGGUGACGGGUAACAGCACCUAAGGGCGGGUGGGGGGAUGCAGCUCGAAAGGGUGGCGGCAUGGAGGAGCCCUCGCUGGAGGCUCUCAUGCAGGCGGGCCUCAUCUUCGUGGUCGGUGUCGCCAUCAUCCUCUCGAAUCUCCUCAUCAUCGCCACCUACCUUAAUUUCCGUGGUCCCUCCGAGGUGAUAAACUACUACUUGCUGUCUCUCGCGUCGGCGGACCUUCUUUGUGGUCUGCUGGUGGUUCCGCUUUCGGUGUAUCCGGCGCUGGUACGAAGAUGGGUCUACGGGGACAUCGUGUGUCGUCUCGUUGGCUAUUUGGAAGUUACUCUCUGGGCGGUAUCCGUUUACACCUUCAUGUGGAUCUCCGUCGAUCGAUAUUUGGCUAUCAGGAAACCAUUGCGUUACGAGACCGUGCAGACGAAGACCCGAUGCCAGUGCUGGAUGGUCUUCACGUGGAUCAGCGUGGCGAUGAUGUGCUGCCCGCCCCUCCUAGGUUUCCAAAAGCCGAUUUUCGACCGGGAGGCGUUCAUCUGCAUGCUCGACUGGGGCAACAUGGCUGCUUACACCAUCACACUGUCGAUCCUCGUGCUAGGCCCAUCGGUCAUCACCAUCGUCUACACCUACUGCUACAUCUUCACUAUGAUGAGGCGGCUAAGAUCCGGCGUACUGAUACACGACAAGGAGUACGCGACCGCGCUCUCAGAAAAUCUGAGCAAUCCGAGUCACAUUAUGUCCUUUGUCCUGGUGAUGGCUUUCUGGGUGUCCUGGGCACCGUAUGCCGGUCUCCGGAUAUACGCUGUCGUUAAUGGACCGCCGCAGGUACCGUUUCUUCAUUUCGCGGUAGUGUGGCUGGGGGUGACGAACAGUUUCUGGAAAGCGGUGGUCCUCGGAACCCUGAGUCCGCAAUUUCGAUUGGCGGCUCGCGUGCUCUGUCUGACGUUGUGCUGCCGGCAUAGACGACUUCCGCCCGAGCUGCUCGGCCUCGACGACGACGAUUAAACGCCAAACGCCUACGAGAAAAAGAGGGGAAACGCUUUCCUUUUGCGCGCGAGCGUUUUACAACACGCGCCCCAUUCCUAGAGCAUCGCUUUUCAUCUCACGGUAUUCGAGAUCUUUUCUUGCAUCCGCCACCCUUCUCUCGGAGUCUUCUUCGGGGGCUGAGAUUCUUUGUUCCGAAAGGUGCUACCACGACGUCCACGACAAACGUGUGAUCGAUCCAGUCGGGUUUCCAAAAUGUGGGGUAAAUUUUAGGAAAAUUAUUUAUGAAAUACGAAUUCUUAUCAACGAAUGUUCGAUAAACGAACGAUCGAAGAUUGAAGGGAGGAAUUCCUUCUUUUUUUUUUCUUUUUUUGACCGUUGACAUUUAAAAA